CGGAAACGGAAAGUAAAUAUUUCUGUAUUUUGAUGAAAAGAGGCGGUGAUGACAUGGGAAAGAAUCGAUCUUUGAAUGGAAAGAAUUUAAAUAUGAAUUUUAUAAUUGUGUAUCAACCUUAGGUGCUCUGUAGUUGUACACAAGAGAUGUAUUCAGUAGUUAUACAUGAAAUUAUUUGGCUGAAAAUUAAUCUUGAAACAAUUGUAUGCUUUCUCUGCAGUUGUUCUAAAAGCACAUUUUACAAAUUACUUAAAAAUUAAUUUUUGUCUUUAUCAUGGCUAUUAAAGCCUUUGAUUUAGUCCCCGCUAUUGAAAGGGUUUGUUGGACAGAUAAAGUGAAAACUGUGGUAGAAUGUUUAGAAAGUUGUGGGAAGAAUUUAUACAUUGGAACGCAAGAAUGCUUUGUAAUUCAUUAUGUACUGGAAGAAAAGCAGUUUAAUGAGGGAACAAUUUUAUUUGAUUCAACUAAAAAGAAUCAAAAGUACCUAGAAGUGAAAAAACCCAUAACACUUUUGAAAGCAUUAUCUGCUUUGAAUCGAAUUCUACUGCUCUGUGAUGGAAAUUUAAUAGUAUUAAAUAUGUUUGAUCUUGAGAUUGUACCAUCACUUAGUAAAUUCAAAGGAGUUUCGUAUUUUUGUUUAAAUGAAAAUCCAGAAGCCAGUAACCCAUUCAGUGUUGAGGUAUGUGUUGCUAAAAAAAAGCAGCUACUUAUUUGUCACGUGACUGAUGAUAAAAUGAUUCAAUUGAGAGAUAUUAGUAUUCCUGAACCGCCUCUUGCUAUGGCAAUGGAUGGUCAAUAUGUUUGUUUAGCUUUAUCAUCUAAGUACGUUGUUGUGGACACAGAGAGUGGUUAUGCUCAAGAGCUUUUUCCAUAUGAUAGCAAUACAACUUCUCCUCUAGUCAAAAGAAUUACCAAAGAAGAAUUCCUACUUGGUGGUCCUAGUGCCUUAGGUAUGUUUGUAACAACUGCAGGCAUAUCAGAAAGGCCUCCCUUACAAUGGGGUGAAAAUGUCAUUUCAGUUGCCUACUCUCAUCCAUACAUUGUAGUUCUGAGCUCAGAUAAUUUAACAGUUUACAGUAUUUUAGAUCAGCAGCAGAAACAAAGAGUAACAUUCCACGGAGGCAGCUGUUUAGAUAAUUUUGAUGGUCGAAUGUUUGUUGCAUCAUCAGAUAUUAUAUGUGCCCUUCUUCCAGUUCCAUGGGAAAAGCAGGUCCAUGCACUUUUAGCUGAUAAAAAAGUUUCUGAAGCUCUUGAGUUGGCAAAAUAUUCUAAUAAAGCUGGGCUGUCAAAAGAACAGUAUCGAAUUGUUUUGCAGCGAAUUCAACAGCAAGCUGGAUUUAUUGAAUUUUCCUUAUUGCACUUUGAUGAGGCAAAAGAGUUAUUUCAGGAGAGUCAACUAGAUGUGCGAGAGCUUAUCAGUCUAUUUCCUGACUUAAUGCCUGGAAGUUCUUCCUUCAUUCGCAUAAAUCCUCCGCUGCAUGAUAUUGGGAACGUUCUUGAAAUGUGUUCAUUUGAUGAAGAGUCCGUUGCAUCAUCCAGGAAGUUUUUGCUUCAUUAUUUAGAAUCUAUCAGAAACUCUAGUGAUGCUGUUGGCUGUAAAAUGGAAAUGGACACAUCACUAUUAAAGCUAUAUGCUGAGUAUGAUUAUCCCUCUCUGUUAUCAUUUUUGGCUGGUGCUGAUGUUGGUUGUCAGCCAAAGGAAGGAGUUGAAGUAUUGCAGAAAUAUGAAAGAUAUCAUGCAUUAGCAUUGUUCCAUUUAAAACUUGGGGAUAAUGACUUAGCCCUAAACGUUUGGGCAAAAAUAAUAUCUGGUGACUAUUCAGAUUCCUUAUAUCCAGGAAUGCCUCAUUUUAUUGAUUUUCUAUGCAAGCUUAGUGAUCACUUACUUUUGUGGAAGUAUGUUGAUUUUAUUUUAGAAAGAGAACAAGAACUAGGUGUUAAAAUUUUUACUGACCGUCCGUCAUCAGAACCUUCGUCUGAAAGGUUACGUCCUGAUUUUAUUGUUGAGUAUCUUCAUCGAUAUCCUCAAGCUUUAUUGAAAUAUUUAGAACAUUUAGUAUUAGAAAAAAAGUUAGAAAAAGAAAAGUUCCAUACACAUUUAGCGGUCAUGUAUAUGGAUUCAGUUCUUCAAAUUCUUAAACUGCCCGAAACAGAACAAACUAGCUUAAGUGAUGCCAGAAAAAAACUUCAAGACCACCUUCACACAUCCUCAAUUUACCGAGUGCAGCUAUUGCUGGGAAAGGCAUUAGAAAACCAGCUUCAUAAAGAGUGUGCUAUUCUUUAUGGAAAGCUUGAAGAACACGAGAAAGCUAUUAAAAUUUUAGUGCACCAGUUGCAAGACCAUGAAGCAGCUGAAGAUUAUUGUAUACGAAUGUCUGCGGGAAAAGACAAAAAAUACAGACAUAGGCUAUUUUAUGUAUUGUUAAGUGUAUACCUGGACAGCACAGCAAACGAGAAGCAACAAGAAGACAUGCUGCCUGCUGCCAUACAAUUAUUAAAUAGUGAUUUAGCAGAGUUUGAUUUUACAAAGGUAAUGCAGUUGAUUCCUCCUAACUGGUCAGUAGCAAUUUUGGACCAAUUUUUAAUCAGAGCCUUGCGAUCCAGUUUACAUUAUCGAUAUUGUUGCAGACUACAAAGUGCUCUUUCAAGGGGUGAAAAUUUGCAAGUGAAGUUUUCUAAAAUUCAUGUUGAAAACACUUCUGUCUUAAUGACAGAAGACAAACUUUGUGCUGCUUGUAAACGUUCAUUUGUAGAGCCUGCUUUUGCAAGACAUUCCAAUUCAAGCAUAACUCACAUCCAGUGUGCCAAACAUAUGAACUUAUCCUCAGAUUCAUCUAAGUCAAAAAUAGAGCAUUACAACCAUAGGUGAUAAAAGGACCUUAAUAAAGAACCGGUGUCACUUCAAAGAAGUGUUUAUUAUAAUUUAUGUUAUCUAUGCAAAAUUUUAGAUAGAUGCUUUUGAAAUACUAUAUGUAAUCAUCACUUUAUACCACUAUAUUGUGAUUAAAAUUACUUGUGAGGAAAAUGAGAGGUCAAAACUUUUUAUCUAGUGUAAACUUGUACAAAUGUUUAUAGGAUCUCCAUUUGUUGUAAUAUAACCAAGAAACAUAUAAAUUAAUUUUCAAAUAAA